AUGGGUUCUUUUGAUAAAGUCCCUGGAUUCAUCUACAACCCAACUGCAAAUCCAGAUAGGGAUGCAUAUUUUUCAGGGAUUCUUGAAAUCCAUGUUCAUCAUGCUAGGAACAUUCAUAACAUAUGUAUCUAUGACAACCAAGAUGUUUCUGCGAAAUUCUAUCUCACCUAUAAUCCGGACGAGACUCUGUCAACAAGGAUCGUCAACGGUGGAGGGAAGAAUCCUGAAUUCAAUGAGGUUUUGAUCAAGGAAAUCAACCAGAUCGAUGCUGUUCUCAAAUGCGAAAUCUGGAUGCUUAGCAGGGCUAAGAAUUCCAUGGAUGAUCGGCUUCUUGGAUUCACCUUAUUGCCGAUUUCUUCGGUUAUUGGACAAGGAAAGGUGACUAAAGAUUUUAGCCUGUCUUCUACUGAUUUGUUUCACUCCCCAGCUGGUACUAUCAAAUUAUCACUUUCUUUGAGUGCAAAUCAAAAUGCUCCUCUCGAUCCCUGUGUAAAUUCUUUGUCUGAUUCGUCUAAAACUUCUGAUCUUUUGGUGGAUAAAAAGAUCCCAGAAGAGUAUUUCAGUAUAGACUUUCCUGAUAUUAAUGUAGUCAAUGAAAACCAGCAAAUGGUUUCAGAAUAUUUUUUAGAGGGAGGAUCUUUACACAAUCAUGUUAUUGAGGCAGAAGAAUCCGCAAAGACAGAGUGUGUAAACGAGAAUCUUAAUAUAGCAGAAGAGGGGUUUUUGCACGAUCACAAGUGCAUUGAGGCUAAGAAAGCAUCUUGGGAACGUCAAUUUUGGGAUAUCGUUCUUCCUGGAAAUAUAGCAGAAGAGGGGUUUUUUCAAAUUUGCGAACUCGAUGCCAUCACAUUUAUAUACUUCAUUAUGUUCCAGGAUUCUGCAGAUCCAGUGCCAAGAAUAGCAAAGAUCGAUCCCGAUUUCAGUAGCCUAGCAAAACUAAAGGAACUAAAUGAAGAUUGGUUGAACUCUUUGUCGUGGCGGAAGUCUCCUCCACGUUCUCCUACGCGUUGGGAUUCUCCACCCGUCUCUCCCGUCUCUCCUUUUGCAUGGGAGCACGAGUCCGUUGAAUUUACUUUGAAGGAAGAAGAUGAUUGUCAUGUAUGA